AUAAAUUCGCUUCGCUGAUUAUUCGCCAAUCGAGAAGUCGUCGUUUGUUGUGUGAACGCUGCUUGUACCGGUUCGAGUCGGAACACCGUCGUCUAUCCAUGGCAUAAACUGAAUCAUACCUUAUAAAGGAUUUGAGUCUGUUUGCCUAAUUUUGUGCUUUAAAAUAACGCUAUGGCACCAAACAUCAUCUCGGUACCCACCGGGGUACUGCACGAAUGCGACGAUGAAAUAACAUCGGUGGUACAAGAAGAAAACGAACAAAAAGUACCCCGACGACCUGCGGAAGUCAAACUAGUGUGGAGAAAUAUCAUUAUAUUUGCCUACUUGCACUUGAUCGCCGCAUACGGGGUGUACCUGAUGUUCACAUCCGCUAAGAUCCUCACGACUUUAUAUUCGAUUUUGAUGUAUCAACUUGCCGGAUUCGGAGUAACCGCGGGAGCACACAGAUUAUGGUCCCAUCGCUCCUACAAAGCCAAAUGGCCCCUAAGACUCUUCUUGACAAUCUGUAACACGAUGGCUUUUGAGAACUCGGUGAUUGAAUGGGCAAGGGACCACCGAGUACACCACAAAUACUCAGAAACCGAUGCCGAUCCGCAUAACGCCAAACGUGGCUUCUUUUUUGCUCACAUGGGAUGGUUACUGUGCAAGAAACAUCCCGAAGUUAUCAGACAAGGGCAGAAAAUUGAUAUUUCGGAUUUAUACGCCGACCCAAUUAUCCGAUUUCAACACAAAUACUACAUGAUCCUGAUGCCCCUGGUCUGUUUCGUUUUGCCCGUUCCGGUUCCGGUACUGCUGUGGAACGAGACCUGGCUCAAUUCGUUUUGCAUGAACAUCCUCAGGUUCAUCUUCACUUUGCACGCUUCUUGGCUCGUCAACUCGGCCGCUCACAUGUGGGGAGAUCGUCCUUAUGACAAAUACAUAAAUCCAUCAGAAAACCUCGCAGUAUCGAUUUUGGCCCUCGGCGAGGGUUGGCACAACUACCACCACACGUUCCCUUGGGACUAUAAGGCCGCCGAACUCGGUCAAUAUUCGGUCAACUUUUCCACCUGUUUGAUUGACAUGGCCGCGAAGAUCGGGUGGGCCUACGAUCUGAAAUCGGUGUCCGAAGAUGUGGUGAAGAAACGGGUCGCGAGAACCGGAGACGGUACUCACCUCCUGUGGGGAUGGGGGGAUAAGGACCAGCCGAAGGAAGCUUAUGAAGUUACCACCAUCACUUAUAAGAAAUCUGACUAAACAACUUGUUUAUAUAUUAUAUAAAUGUUUAGUAGUCGAUUGUUUUAGUAGUAAAAUAAAUUAACAUUUACAGCA